UUUAAAAGUGGCCUAAGGAACCACUGCUUUUCUGUUUCUUGCUUGCUACAACCAUCCCCAUCCCCAAUUCCUUAACCACACAAGCAGCGGGGUUGUUUUCUUUCUUCUUUCCUUCCAUUAUCCUUCGCCAGAGCUUCCAGUAAUGGAGCACCGAACGCGAAGCUGGGCCUUGGGCCUCAGCAUCCUGGGCUUCUUUGCCCUCCUCUUCUCUGCUGGCUUUGUCCAGCAGGCCCAUGCCAAUGACACUGAGGCUAUGGGCACUGUUAUCGGUAUUGAUCUCGGAACCACCUACUCUUGCGUUGGUGUGAUGCAGAAGGGCAAGGUCGAGAUUCUCGUCAACGACCAAGGAAACCGUAUCACCCCGUCUUAUGUCGCCUUCACCGAUGAAGAGAGACUUGUUGGUGACGCCGCCAAGAACCAGGCUGCGUCCAACCCCCACAGAACCAUCUUCGACAUCAAGCGUCUCAUCGGUCGCAAGUUCUCGGACAAGGACGUCCAGAAUGACAUCAAGCACUUCCCCUACAAGGUCGUCGCCAAGGAUGACAAGCCUGUUGUCAAGGUUGAGGUUAAGGGCGAAGAGAAGACCUUCACCCCCGAGGAGAUCUCCGCCAUGAUUCUCGGCAAGAUGAAGGAAACUGCUGAGGGCUACCUUGGCAAGAAGGUCACUCACGCCGUUGUUACCGUUCCCGCCUACUUCAACGACAACCAGCGCCAGGCCACCAAGGAUGCCGGUAUGAUUGCCGGUCUCAACGUCCUCCGCAUUGUCAACGAGCCUACCGCCGCGGCUAUUGCCUACGGUCUUGAUAAGACUGGCGAGGAGCGUCAGAUCAUCGUCUACGACUUGGGUGGUGGCACUUUCGAUGUCUCCCUUCUUUCCAUCGAGCAGGGUGUUUUCGAGGUUUUGUCUACCGCUGGUGACACCCAUCUUGGUGGUGAGGAUUUCGAUCAGCGCAUCAUCAACCACUUCGCCAAGCUCUUCAACAAGAAGCACGGUGUCGACGUUACCAAGGAUGCCAAGGCCAUGGGCAAGCUCAAGCGUGAGGCCGAGAAGGCUAAGCGUACCCUUUCCAGCCAGAUGUCCACUCGUAUUGAAAUUGAGGCCUUCUACGAUGGCAAGGAUUUCUCCGAGACUCUGACUCGCGCCAAGUUCGAGGAGCUCAACAACGACCUCUUCAAGAAGACCCUCAAGCCUGUUGAGCAGGUCCUCAAGGAUGCCAAGGUCUCCAAGUCCGAGAUUGACGAUAUCGUCCUUGUCGGUGGUUCCACCCGUAUUCCCAAGGUCCAGGCUCUUAUCGAGGAGUUUUUCAACGGCAAGAAGGCUUCCAAGGGUAUCAACCCUGACGAGGCCGUCGCUUUCGGUGCUGCCGUCCAGGCUGGUGUUCUUAGCGGUGAGGAGGGUACUGAGGACAUCGUCCUUAUGGAUGUCAACCCCCUUACUCUCGGUAUUGAGACCACUGGUGGUGUUAUGACCAAGCUUAUCCCCCGCAACACCCCUAUCCCUACCCGCAAGAGCCAGAUCUUCUCUACUGCCGCCGAUAACCAGCCCGUCGUCCUUAUCCAGGUCUACGAGGGUGAGCGUUCCAUGACCAAGGACAACAACCUCCUUGGCAAGUUCGAGCUUACCGGCAUUCCCCCCGCUCCCCGUGGCGUUCCCCAGAUCGAGGUCUCCUUCGAGCUCGAUGCCAACGGUAUCCUCAAGGUCUCUGCCCACGACAAGGGCACUGGCAAGGCCGAGUCCAUUACCAUCACCAACGAUAAGGGCCGUCUUACCCAGGAGGAGAUUGACCGCAUGGUCGCUGAGGCCGAGAAGUAUGCCGAGGAGGACAAGGCCACCCGUGAGCGCAUCGAAGCUCGCAACGGUCUUGAGAACUACGCUUUCUCCCUGAAGAACCAGGUCAACGAUGAGGAUGGUCUUGGUGGCAAGAUUGACGAGGAGGACAAGGAGACCAUCCUUGACGCCGUUAAAGAGGCCCAAGACUGGCUUGAGGAGAAUGCCGCCACUGCUUCCGCCGAGGAUUUCGAUGAGCAGAAGGAGAAGCUCUCCAACGUCGCCUACCCUAUCACCAGCAAGCUUUACAGCCAAGGUGGCGCUGGUGAUGACGAGCCUGCUGGCCAUGACGAGCUUUAAAUGAAGAUAAUCUAGAUCCCCCUGCGUUUUCAGUUUUUGGUUGACGCUCAAAAAGAAGUGCGUCGUUUAUGGUUGGUUGGGUUGCAUAUUUUACCUGGUGUUUGGCCGGUGAAAUGGUUCGAUUGGGAGUUUAAGUCCUCAUGAGUGCCAGAUCUAUUGCACAAAUGGACAUGGUUCAGUUAGAAGAGCGUUUGCCAUUUGUUUGUAAAAUAUGAAUAUGACCUUAUUGACCAAA